AUGGUCCAUGUGGAAAAAGCGAGGGACAAAUUCUCCAUGCAUGGUAAUGCGCGAUGCUCUAAACAUUUUCCUAAGAGAUUUGUUGAUAGUUCUACGUUUGAUGACAAUGGUUACCCGGUAUAUAGAAGGAGAGACAAUGGCAGUGUAGUUACAAAGAACGGUAUCGCCUUGGACAACAGGUAUGUGGUACCGCACAAUAGAUAUUUAUUGCUCAAGUACAAGGCUCAUAUAAAUGUCGAGUGGUGCAACCAAUCAAGGUCAAUCAAGUACCUGUUCAAGUAUGUUAACAAGGGUCAUGAUCGAGUAACAGCCGAAUUUUACAAAACAGGCAAUGAUGACGAGAAUGGCAAAGCAGUAGAUGAGAUAAAUAUGUACUAUGACUAUGAUGAUGCGGUUGAGAACAUUGUGAAUAGACCUACGAUAGCACAGAGCAUGUUUUUAGAAUGGUUUGAAGCUAAUAAAACAUACCCCGGUGCCAGAGAGCUUACUUAUGUUGAGAUGCCAACAAGAUUCGUUUGGAAGAAAGACCUUAGAAAAUGGCAGCCACGAAAGAAAGGGUUCUCCAUAGGACGUAUAUUCUAUGUUCCGCCAGCUACUGGUGAAAUCUUCUAUUUGAGAGGUUUAGUUGAUGAUGACAACGAAUAUGUUGAUGCAAUAGAUGAAGCCAGUCAUUGGGCGUCAGCGGAACAAUUGAGGAGAUUGUUUGUGACAAUACUAAUGAGCAGUUGCAUGGGGAAAACCGGAAAUAGUUUGGCACGCCGUUUGGCAACAUCUAUCAGACGAUGCCCAAUUCAAUAUCCGUACACAACUGCAGAACAGAGGUUGAUUCAAGAAGAAUUAUCAUACGAUCGUGGAGAACAAGAGAAAGAGAAUCAAGAAUUGGUAAGGCAGUUAACAGACGAACAAAGGGCAAUAUACAAUGAAGUGUUAACUGACGUCGAUUGCCAGCAAGGUGGGUUAUUCUUCGUAUCUGGUUAUGGAGGGACAGUCUUGAGGCUGACUAAGAAUCUACGCUUGAAAAGUGUUCAAUCAGAAUCCGAGUGCAAGGAGAUCGAGGAAUUUGCUAAAUGGAUAGCUAAUAUAGGUGACGGAAUGAUUGGGUGUCAACUGGAUGGGGAGUCAGAGAUUACUAUUCCAGAAGAUUUGUUGUUAAAGUGCGAAGAUGACCCUAUUGCUACAAUUGUUGAUAGCACUUUCCCCAAUUUCCUGGGACUUGCCGAUUUGUCAUAUCUUAAUCAUAAUGCCAAUGUGGACAUGUUAGCGGAUUUGCACACUCCGGAAUUCUUGAAUGCAUUGAGAUGUUCUGGAGUCCCAAAUCAUGCGUUGACAUUGAAAGUUGGAUCACCUGUUAUGCUGUUGCGAAAUAUUGAUCACACAUUAGGAUUAUGCAACGGUACAAGGUUGAUUGUUACAAGGUUGGCUGACCAUGUGUUGGAAGGCCAAAUCAUGUGCGGUACAAAUGCAGGAACCAGA